UAGUACGCCGUCAAACUAACAUCAUCUUGUAAUCCAGUGUAUGCACGUGAAUUCCUCUCUUUAAGUACUAUUUAUUUCGGGUUUUCGUCGUUCGGGUUUUUAUACGGCGUUGAACGGUUCGGUUACGAUCGUUCGGUUUGCCCGCGAACGUACAAAUCGUCGUUCUGAAAAAUCAGCAUCGCGACUUUCUUGUUACGCGAUACUGGAGAAAAGUAACUCCUUUCUAUCUGAAUACAUUCCGUAAUACACCCAGUGUACAUAAACGAUUAACGUAUACGUCUGCCGAUCGGCCGUGUAUUUUCUGCAAGUUAGUCGUGCAUGCCCGCGGGGUAGCAGUGAAAUUUUCUGUGACAUUGAGAAUUUCAAACGAAGUCAUCAGGUUGAUUCAUUUCGGGAUCACAGUCGCGGGAAUAUCAUCGUCGCACGUGUACGUUCAAGUCAGUGGUCGAUGUUACGAUUAUCAACAAGGGGAAAUAAGUUCGAACAUGUCAGCUACUAUUUCGAAAAUAUCGGCAACCAGUGCUGGGAAUGGGAUCGAUGUAAUUUGCGAUAAAGAUCGUGACGUAGAAAAAGGUGAAGUUCAUUCUAACGUCGCAGGUUUCUCGCCGUCGAUCUGUUCGCGGCCGGCGUCUUCGUCGCGGACGUCGACGUCGGCCGAGAGCAGGGUCGAGCUCGAGGAUAAACUAAGGAACAACAGCAGCAGCAGGUCAAAUGUGUCGAGUAUCGCGGUGGAAGUGGAAGUCGGAACGGCGAACAAUGAACCAAUAGGAGCGGGGACAGAGGCAACCACGACAACAACGCCAAAGACGAGGACGCGCACGGAAAGAGGAACGGAAAGGAGCGCAGCCAGCCGGUGGAAGGCAGUCGGUCGCUUGCUUCGCCGCUUGGCACUCAUCAUGUUUCUGAUAUCGAGUUUGGCCGCCUGUUUGGCACUGCUCGCCAUAUACACAGGCCCCAUUUUCCUCGUGCAGCUACUGGUUGUCGUUCUCGUCGCGUAUUUAGUCGCUGGAGGACGUUUUCGAUGGUUUUACGUCGCUCUGAAAACUGCGCCCAGAGACCUCGUAGCUAUAACACGGUAUAUAAAAGUUCUUUGGAUUAUCCGCAGUCACGAGAGGAAGAACAGAAGCAUCGCCGAUGUAUUUCGACAGCAUGUUAGUCGGCAUCCAAAUAAAGUUUGUUUCAUUUUUGAAGAUCAAGAAUGGACGUAUCAACAGGUGGAGGAUUAUAGUAAUAAAGUCGCCACGAUAUUCAAAACAUACGGAUAUCGUAAAGGCGAUGUCAUUGGCAUACUUCUGGAGAAUCGGGUGGAAUUCAUUGCCCUUUGGCUUGGUCUGAGUAAACUGGGAGUAAUAAUACCACUUCUUAACACCAACCUUCGUAAAACUGCUCUUCAGCAUAGCAUCAAUGUGUCCAAGUGUCAAGCUCUUAUUUAUGGAGCAGAUUUCACCGAUGCUAUAUCAGAUAUUAUAGAUUCUUUGGACCCAAAGUUUCCAUUGUAUAGAAUCGGUAGUUUACCAAAUUCGAAGACAUCAAAAUUAAAUGACAAUGACUUGGAUACUCUUAUGAGCAACGUUUCUUCGGCUGCGCCAGUUUUUGAAGAAAAAGGUGCUUACCACGAUCAACUAGUAUAUAUUUUCACCAGUGGCACAACUGGUCUUCCAAAAGCAGCAGUUAUAACCAAUUCUAGGUUUAUGUUUAUGGCAACUGGUAUAUUUAUGUUGGCAAAGUUUAAAAGUUCGGAUAGAAUUUAUACACCAUUGCCAUUGUAUCACACUGCAGGUGGUGUAAUGGCUGUUGGUGCAGCUCUUCUUCAUGGUGCAACAGUUGUAAUUAGAAAAAAAUUCUCAGCAAGCGCUUAUUUCGCUGAAUGCAUCAAAUAUAAUUGUACAGUUGCUCAAUAUAUUGGAGAAAUGUGUAGAUAUAUUUUAGCUGUACCUCCAAAACCGGAAGACAAGCAACACAAAAUUAGGGUGAUGUUUGGAAACGGUUUAAGACCACAAAUAUGGCGCGAAUUCGUAGAGCGAUUUAAUAUUUCACAAAUUGCUGAAUUCUAUGGAGCAACAGAAGGCAACGCUAACAUAGUAAACAUCGACAAUACUGUUGGAGCUAUUGGUUUUGUAUCUCGAAUUAUUCCAUCAGUUUAUCCUAUUUCUAUUAUAAGAGUCAAUGCUGAUGGAGAACCUAUAAGGAAUGAAAAAGGUUUAUGUCAAUUGUGUAAACCAAAUGAACCAGGUGUUUUUAUUGGAAAAAUUAUACCGAACAAUCCAUUCAGAGCAUAUUUAGGAUAUGUAGAUCAGAAAGCAUCAGAAAAAAAAAUAGUUUAUGAUGUAUUUACUAAAGGCGAUUCAGCAUUUAUAUCUGGUGAUAUUUUAAUAGCAGAUGAAUUUGGUAAUUUGUACUUUAAGGAUAGAACAGGUGAUACCUUUAGAUGGAAAGGAGAAAAUGUGUCUACAUCUGAAGUCGAAGCUAUUAUCAGUAAUGUUGUUAGUUAUAAAGAUUGCAUUGUAUAUGGAGUUGAGAUUCCAGGCCUUGAAGGUAAAGCUGGAAUGGCAGCAAUAUAUGAUGAAAAAGCUACGCUAGACAUUAAUAAAUUAUCAGUUGAUUUAAAGGAACAUUUAGCAACUUACGCGGUACCUAGAUUUAUUAGGAUUUUAUCGAAAAUUGAUCUCACAGGAACAUUCAAAUUGAAAAAAAAAGAUCUUGUAGAUGAAGGAUACAAUCCAAAUAGGAUAGGAGAUAAAUUAUAUUAUUUAAACGAAAAAUCUGGAUACCAAUUGUUGACUACCGAAAUUUAUGACCAGAUACAACAAGGAAAAGUUCGUUUUUAAAUUCUGUCCUGUAUUAAAAAGAAAUCUCAUGGGAACAAUUUUUGCUGCAACUCUUUACGUGUGAAGUGAAGAGGUUUUCCAUCUUCAUUAUGUUAAAUCAAAAAAUUGCUUUGUACUGGGGUAAAUUGUAGCAGUAAUUAAAUUGUAUAAUUUUACACUAUUAUUUUUUAUAUAUAAUUUUUAUAUAAAUUUAUACUUUUUAGAAUUCUCAAUAUAUAUAUAUAUAAGAUACAAAAUACGUCGCAUUGAAGUCAGAAUGAAAUAUUUUUUAUUUAAAAAAGAAAUGAACGUUAUUCGUUUCUCUGGGUUGGAGUUGUGCUUAUUUGUACUACAUAUACGUUGUAAUAUACAUAUAUACACUAUAAUACAUAUUACAUACAUUAAUAUAAUAUGUGUAUAUUAUGACGUAUGUCAUUAAAUCAUCUUAUAUUAAAAUUCUAAAUUUAUACGUCUAGCAAUACAUUCUGCAUGAAAAAUCAAUGUUUUUAUAUACGUUUAUGUAAAUUAAAAUUAUAUAAAUAUUUAAAAGAAACAGAGACCCUUAUUUCAAACUUAUACGAAGCUUGCAUAUGUAACUUAAAAACUUGUAAAUGCAUACAAGGUACUAAUAUAAAAUUAUACGUAACCGAAAGCACAAAUAAAAUAUUUAUUUUGUAACAUAAACUGAAUAUAAUUUUUCAGAAAUUUAGGCAUUGUUAAAAGUAUUGUUACAAAUGUUGUACAAUUGUUUUAUGAAUUCAUAGUAAUUAUGAAUAUACAUGUCAUAGAUCAUAUGAAUAAAUACAAAUGUUAAUUACUAA